AUGGCCAAGCGCAGACGCUCUACCGUCGCGGUUUACGAGUCCUCCACCACAGAGCAACCAUCAACUGUGCGUGAAAGCAGCGCAGUCCAGGAUUCCAAGACACCGCGACGCCAGUCAACGCGCGCGGUCGGUGCUGCAACAUUCAAUCCCGAAGAUCCGUCCGGGAGGAUACGAAACGGCAUACCAGCGUCUGCGGACCGUGGCGAGGGCGGAGUACAUGGUGCUGCGGGGAACUCAGCAGCCAAGGAGAAGCUCUCCGAAGCCGCAGUGAAUACGGGAGCACCCGGUGAUCAUCGUCGCCGGACUAAAAACAAGAGGAAAGGGUCUCCGAUAGAGCGUGCGAUAGGGGACAGUGCGAUUGCAGACAACCCAUCUGCGAAUGCACUUCUUCAAGACGCUGUCACGACGGCUGACCCGGUGGAAGACGUGGGGGUGACGGCGGACCCCGAAGUGGAUGAGGGCUUGAAGGUGGAAGACGAGGAUGAGGAGGAGGUCAAGGAAGCUUUGUCCCGGCCGCCGCCGGUGAACUCCGGUUUCCUGCCCCUUCCUUGGAAAGGGCGGUUGGGCUAUGCAUGUCUCAAUACCUACCUUCGCAGUGCUACACCGCCCGUCUUCAGUUCACGGACCUGCCGAAUAGCAAGCAUUCUGGAGCACCGACAUCCUCUCAAGGACCCGUCACAGCCAGAACAUGCGACGAAGAAUCGGCCGGAUAAAGAGCAGCCCGCAGACCAUGCGAGGGGCCAGAGGUAUGUGGAGGAAUUAGGGUUGGCCAAUGCACGCGACAUCAUCAAGAUGGUGCGGUGGAAUGACAAGUUCGGAAUCAAGUUCAUGAGGCUUAGCAGUGAGAUGUUCCCGUUUGCGAGCCAUCCAGAAUAUGGAUACAGGCUGGAGCCUUUCGCGGCAGAAACGCUGGCGGAGGCUGGGAAAGUCGUUGCGGAGCUAGGCCAUAGGGUGACUACACAUCCAGGCCAGUUCACGCAGCUUGGCUCUCCUCGUAAACCCGUCAUCGACGCUGCGAUCCGUGACUUGGAAUACCAUGAUGAGAUGCUCUCGCUGCUGAAGCUGCCACCGCAGCAAGAUCGCGACGCACUGAUGAUUCUGCAUCUCGGCGGCGUCUUCGGUGACAAAGCUGCUACCCUUGACCGUUUCCGCGAGAACUACGCGAGACUGUCGCCGUCCAUCAAACGCCGCCUCGUCUUGGAGAAUGAUGAUGUGUCGUGGUCCGUUCACGACCUUCUCCCUGUCUGUCAGGAACUGAACAUCCCCUUGGUCCUCGACUUCCACCAUCACAACAUCAUCUUCGACUCCAGCAGGAUCCGUGAGGGAACGAAGGAUAUUGUUAAGCUCUUUCCGGCCAUCAUCGAAACAUGGCGGAGGAAAGGCAUCACUCCGAAGAUGCACUACUCCGAGCCAUGUCCGGACGCCGUCACCGCUCGAGCGAGGAGAAAGCACUCGGCGCGUGUCAUGACGCUCCCGCCGUGCCCGAACGACAUGGAUCUCAUGAUUGAAGCCAAAGACAAGGAACAAGCCGUCUUCGAACUCAUGCGCACCUUCAAACUCCCCGGAUUCGACCUCUUCAACGAUGUCGUUCCGCACAUGCGGCAGGACGAGAACAAGCCGUUCAAACCGAAGCGAAAGAAAGCGCCGAAGAAAAGCGGCAAGAAGAAGAAAGCGGCGAUAACAGACGAUAUCGAAGCUUUGGAUGAGAAACUUGAAAUAGAAGUUGAGGAGGAAGACCGGCCGCCGCCCUUGAUACCAGACGAGGACAUCAGUAUGGGUGGACCCGACCGUCGUGUCUAUUGGCCGCCUGGUAUGGAUCACUGGCUUCGGCCGCCAAAGCGCGUGGUCAAGAAGAAAGAAGAUAAGGAGGGGGUGACUGCGCAGGCGCAGAAGAAGCGGAAGAUCACUGCUACAGUCGCCGAAGACCCUGAUAUUUCGACAAAUAGAGAGUCCGGAAUAGAAACUCCAGUCAAGAGGACUCCGGGGAAGAAAACGCCCACCACGAAGAAGGCACCGUCAAGAAAGGCGGCUGCUAGGCCUGCGCCCACGCAAUCGCCUUCGGAGGAGAGUAGCUCGUCCUUGAGCGAUUUGGAUGACGGUGAGGAUGAGGCCUCGAGGAGGAACGUUCCUCCGCGCGCUUCUCCCGUACCAAGUAGGCAGAGAUCUGGACGUGUAUCCAGAAUUAGCUAUAAGGAGGAGCCUGGGGAUAGCGAGUGACAGAAUACAUAGGCAGCUUCGCAGAUUGUCUGCCCAACGAAUAUUGCACCACUUGACUAGCGCAUCAGUAUACCCAAUGGUUCAUAGUGUU